AUGGAUCUACACAAAAAGGGAGUCUUCAGCAUGGCAGUGAGUGACAUUAAGGAACCUCCUAAAAACUUCAAAGGAGAAGUCAACAUUGAAGAGUUUUGGAAUUCUGUCAGUGUUGAAAUGAUUGCUCGUGGCUUUGUGCCUAGUCGUGCCAAAAAUCCCUUGGCUGUUUAUCCGUCUUACGAGUUUUGGGCACCGUGGAUUGGCAGACACACCAGGAAAGGAGAUAAUGUGCUUAAUACUGAGUGUGAAAAAGUAUUGCCUGCUCAACCAAGUCCAGAGGCAGAGCUGAUUAUGGUGACGGAGGAACGUCUUGUGGAUGAACUCAAAAAACAAAAGGUAGGCACAGUGCGCAAACUGUGCAAGGCUUGUCACAUAGACCCUAGAGGGUCACGUGAUGACCUCAUUAUUAGACUGCAACAGGAGAUGAAAAACCGGCAUACAUACGACAAGGUUUUUCAGAAAAUCUGGGGUGCUUCUGGUGGAUGGUGUGUCAUUGCAUGCCCUCAUGGUGUGGUGUACAGCUUGAAAUUCAAUCUGCGGGCAGAAAGUCCUAGGGAUUUCACAGACCUCCUUUUGUCAUGGAAACACAUACCAAAUGUGUCCGUCUAUGAUUUUGCUCGUGGAUUGGCCACACAUGCAAACCUCAGAUUUCCAACCAUCAUACCAUUCCACCCACAUGAAGGACGGUUGGCUGAGCCUACAUCUGAAAAUAUCUCUGCCGCGCAGAAAGGUAAACUCCAAGUGUCUCUACCUUGGCUGGUUGAAAAGUCCCAAAAUUCAGAUUCCAGUGGCCAUCCCAUCACCGGGGCUAGCAGUCACUAUGUACUGUAUGAUAAGCUGCAUGAGUCCAACACAAAGGAUCAAAAGGACAUCUUAAGGAGAAUCAAUCUCGUCCCAGAACUGCAAGGUUCACUAAACAGCCAGGUAGCAGAGCAAUUGUUUGGAAGUAUAAGAAAAAACAAUUACUUCCUGAACAACAUGUCCCCCUCCACACAUGUGUUUCUGAUGAGAAACAUCAUGCAGCAUCGCAAUGUAGCUGUGAACCAUCACCUUUUGGAGACACAGCUGAAGAGAGGACUAAUGGACCAGCUUAUUAACAACACCACUCUGAAUGAGCUUGGGCAAGCAGUUUUAGUUCAAACUACACAAGCACAGCAGUCAGGUGUGAUGUCAGUGGAGCAAGUGGAGUCAGUGGAGCAAGUGGAAAAAGUGGAGUCAGUGGAGUCAGUGGAGCAAGUGGAAAAAGUGGAGUCAGUGGAGUCAGUGGAGCAAGAAUCCCCAGAACCCAUGCAGCCCUUCACACUUGAGUCGUCAUGUGAUGCCGAAUAUGAAACCUGUGGGAUGCAGUGUGAGGCCCACACAAAGUUGCAGAAUGUGAAAGCAUGCCGGGAUUUUUGGUCUUUGAAAUUACACCCUGAUCAAGAGAAACUGCUUUCCUACGUCCUAGAUGGAAAAAGGCCAAGAAAAGAGCUCAUUGUCAAAACAGGAUCAAUCUGUCUUGUUAGGGAGGAUUUUUUUACUUUGGGCAUGGCACAAGAAAUGGAUGCCAACUAUGCCCUUUAUGUUGUACUGGACGCCCAAUUUGACUUCACUGUUGUGAGUAGACAUUGA